GACAGUUGAUCAACGAAUUGGACGGAACCGAUCAACAAUAAAUUUACUCUAGGAAUACCAUUCAAAUAAAAUACUUUUGAAAAAUCUUUUUAAUAAAAUGAAGUCAAAGAAAUCAUAAAUUGGAGUUGCUUAUUGAUUUAUUUAUAUUUUCAUUUCAUGUAUUCAUAGGAAAAAAGAGAAAAAAAAUAAUCAUAUUUUCAACUUUGUUUUGAAUGCUCAAAUAUCAAUUCAUUUAACCGAAAGUCUGUGUGUUUAUCUGUCAAAACCGCACAUGACAGAUGAUGAGCGCAUGGUAAACUUAACCUAAGAAUUUGUACAUUGUUUUGAUACGCUCAACGUGAAUACAGUGCGGCACAAGUGGAUGCAAACAAAAAGUUUUUUUUUAAAUAUUUUUAUACGGAAUAUUUUAGUAAAAAUUGAGUCAUGGGAAAGCGAAAAAUUAGCGUCAAAAGUGACGACGGAGAUGAAGUGACUGCAAAAUUGCUAAAAACCACAUCAAAUGAUGUUGAUAAGAAAUUGGGUUUGGCAGAUGAAGACAAUGACGCUGCAGUAGCUAACAAAGAAGAAGAAUUGCAAGAAGAAACACCACUCCCAGUGUCCAAAAAACCGUUUGUUCCGAAGAAAUUCCGUGAUGCACUCCGAAGAAAUGAUUUUAUCACAGAAAUCCGGAUUUUCUUGCAAAAAGCGGAGUCAGAUGUAACAAUAGUUCCACAAUUCUUGCAGAGCGGUGGCAAACCGCUUGAAAUAGCGCAAGUGCUAAAUAAAGUGGAUAAAAAUGAGUUAUUCCAUAUUUCAUAUGUGUUCAGUGCAUUGCACCUGGUGUUAAUGGAGAAAAUGAACCAAGAGAAUCAUUUGAACAGGGAUGCGGUUGAAGUGUGUGCGUAUGUGUUGAACAAUCAUCGUGUCUGCAUCGAGAAAUUGCUCUCGUCCAAUUAUGCCACGCACAAAAAGUCAGUACUGAAAUUGCUAACUGAUACGGUUUAUUUGGCGCCUCAUUUGGGACGUGAACUGCUGACCACAUUUAAUGUUGCCUUUAAUUCGGAAACUCUGCAGCGAUUCACAGCACACGAUCGAAACGAAGCCAAUUUACCAGAUGAGGAACGGGUGCGUUCAUGCUACAUUUAUUUCAUUCUGUCAUUCAUCAUCGAAGGGAAUCAUGUGCUCAUCAAAAAUUUGCUUGACCGCAACGAAAUGCUGAUGGCACUGCUGUCGGGAUUGACAUACGAUAGCAAAGAGACCGUACUGUUGGUGUUGAACUCAUUUUUGAAAUUUGUGCUGCAAUCGGGCGUCGUUUCGAAAACCAAAAAAGUGCAAGUAUUCACCGCAAAUGUUGUCAAUGAAUUAAUUCGUUUACUGGAAUGGAAAGGCCCGGCAUAUUUUGCAGCCAUUUCACACAAAAAGACUAAGGACAAAGCGGCACAAUUCAUAAAUGUGGAUGACCAAAACACUGUUUGUGACACUGUCUAUUUGUUUUUGUGCGAACUGUUGGCAUCACGAAAGAACGGAAUUGCAUUCAAAACCCUGGGGCAACGUCAGCUCAAGUCGAACGGCAUUCAAAAGGAAGUUUUGGUCAAAAUGGAUCAUUUCAUGGGCAAUUCAUACAAAGCAAACUUGGUCAUUGAAAUAUUGAAGGCAUGUCCGGAGCUGAUGAAAAAAUUCGUUCAAAAACACGCCUCUUGCCUCGACUCCUUUAAAAAGAACAACAAUUGGUUUGAAGCAGUGGAUUUCUUUGCAAAAUUGAUUGACUCACUCACACCCGACAUUAUUCAGUAUCAAAACGACAAAAUGAACGCAAAGGAAACAAUCGAACUAAUCAAAGACAUUUGUAUGGCACCAGAAAUAUUGCAACAACUUCGAAAUAAAAACACACUUCGCAGUGAAAAACUCAACGUUCGCCAGAAAUCAACGAAUUUACUGUAUUUGAUGUUCAAACAAUGCAAUCAGUAUCUAUUCAAAAUGUCCCAAUGGAACGUCCAUCGGGCCAAUGAGUUGAAAAAGAUUAAAUUCGAUUUGAUCAACCACAUUUUGACACUUUGUCCAACAGUGGAGAAUAUUCUGCUGUCGUUGCACAUGUCACAAGUGGAUGAGACGGCCGACAGUGAGAAAAUGUUCGAGCAUUUGGAGUGCAUUUUGGAUUUGCUGUUGAUAAUCACACAAUCGAUACCAUCGUUCAUUGACACCACAUCAUCGGUUAUCAACUAUAUCAAGAUUUUGGGACCGAUUUAUGAACUGAACCGUGAAUUAGAGAGCAGCACACGCAUUGAAUUCAAAGCAGUUAAACUAAUGCUGGCACUCGAACCAAAGGCCCUUUCGCCAAAGACGAAACUCUUCGGUCAAAUUAUCCAGUCAUUCUUCAAUGUUUACCGCUUUGGGGCACCGAAAGAACGAACUGAAGUGAAACACCUACUUCGAACCGUCUUCCUUAACACGGGCUUAUUCGAAAAUGGUCCACUUGAGAUCGAUUUAUGGCUGGCCGCCAUCGACCACAUCGAUGAAGAUUCACUUACUUCGGUCAGAGAGUUUCUUGUCGAACAAAUCAAUUCGUACGAUGCAAAUAAUUUCCAAAUCACGCAAAUCAAUUCGCAACUACCGUCGUCGCUGGAUAAAAAUCUCACCGAAACAUUUGAAAACAUCGAGAAAGGCACCACCUUAAAAGGAUUACUGGAUGUGGCCACAUUGCGGCCAUUCUUCUUGCAUGUCGUUCAAUCGAUUCAACAGCUACCCGACACAAAAGACGACGACGAAGAGAACGACGAAAAGGCGGAAAUUUUGGAGUACAUUGAAACAGUUGCAUUUUAUUUAUUCCACUAUUUGCCGUCACCGGAAUCCGUUUAUUAUGCCAUUGAGCCGAUAGCCCAGAAAUAUUCAUCGUACAUGAAAAAAUGGAUUGUACAAUCGAAAGCGGGUAAAUUCCCCAAGGAAUUUCCAUCGAACUGCUUAAGCAAAUUGUAUGAAUCGUUGAUGGAAAAUUCGCACGACACACUCGUAAGCAUUUUCGAUGAUCAACUGACAGCUGUCAUGGAAACGACCGAACUAUCUGACAAAAGCAAUGAUUUAUUGGUGAACCUCAAUGGCACUGACUACAAAUUAAGUCCAACACUAACGAACGAAACCGAAAUUAUGGUUUUGAAUUACACUUUGAUGUUUGUCACCAAUCAACGCCAUAAAAACAACACAUUGACUAAUGAACAAUGCACGCAGGCCAUUAAAUACUUGAGUGAAUUAUGGAAAAUACUGGAUGUCAUUGCAGCCACCGCACGCGAAACAAAUGAACACGGUUUCGAACUCAAUGAAUCAGAGGUGAAUCCAUCCGUAAAAGCAUUAAAGUAUGUAUUUUCCAACUGUUACUAUUUGCUGCAAUCGUUUGACAUUUGGUCGAAAGAGAGUCAAAUCACACGGUUCGUGUAUGAAACGGUGAAAAAUAUGGAGUACACCGAAGCGAUGGAUGCUAUUUUAGUGCAUUACCGAAAGAAGAUAAGCAAUCAAAUUGUCGUCUCCGUUGAACAGGGAGCGAACUUAUCGGAGCAGACACAUGAAAACCUCAUCGAUUUGCUGAACACGUUCCAUCUAGAUGCCGAUAAUUGCUGUGAAAUUCUUACAAGUUUGUCGCAACUAAAUUACGAGCACUUUGUGACACCACAAAAUGAAAUUUCUACUUAUGCGGGCAUCCUUUCGUAUGCAUUACGUCGACUGGCUGAACUAAAGGAACGUGCUGCGAAAUCAUCCAUCAUUGCCGGCAUCAGUGAACUGUAUGUGUGCCUUAGUUCGAAUGUAAACGUCGAAAUUAAUUACCAAGUAAUUGAAGAAGCUUUAGUUGCCUAUCUUUCCGUGUACUAUCAUCAUUUGUCUGACGUGCACGACGAUUUGUUUGCCGCCAUAUUCCGGGCGAAGCGAUUAAAUAAAGCCGUCAUCAAAUUAGCAUGCUUAUUGCUUGAACGCAAAACCAACCUUAUCGAUGGUUUGCCGAAAUUAAUCGAGGAUAAUAUGCCGAAGAAGGAAUUAAUCUAUCCAUUGCUCAAUGUGGUUGCCGUCAAGCGUAUCGACUUAAGUGAUAAACUAUUGGCAAAAUUGUAUGCAGAAUACAAAAACGGUAUUAUGAAAACGAUUGAGAAGCCAGCUAAGGCGGCCGUUAUUUACAAGGAGAAUGUGUUGAGUUCGGUGUUUUUGAUUGAAAAGUGUAUGUCAAUCAAAGAGUGUACGGAUUUCCUAAAGAAAACCGUCAACUUCGAAGGGGCCGACGUGUUUCAGUUACAAAUCAUAAAAUCCAUCCACUUGAAAGUGUUGAUGCACAGCGACAAUGUGGAUGCGAUUCGGCAAUCGUACGAAAACUUUUUGGCCAUUUUUGUUCGUCUGUUUGGAACGCUAUCGAAACACGAACCAUUGGAUAUGAAGAAAGUCAAUUGUUUCAUUUAUAUUGCGUAUGAUUGGACAAAGCUGAAACUAAAACUUUUGCCAUCGGCGCUAUCGUUAAAGUUGGAAUACGAACAAAUAUGCGGCACACAACUUUGGAUACAAUUGGGUAAAUCAUGUUUGAAGCAUGGCAUGCGUCUACAGAAGGACGAUACGAACAAAAUUAAGGAAGAUGCCGCUGGUUUGUUGAAGAUUUUCGCCUAUCUUUGCAACGAAUUCUAUGCGAACGAUGCGAACAACGAAGAUGCUAAGCUCUUCUUCGAAAUGGUGGUGUCCCAUCCAAGUUUCUUCGACAUAAUAACAAUGCAACAGAAGACCCAGCUCAAAACUAAUUUAGCCUAUUUGCUGUAUGUUUUGGUGCGAAAAAAUGCUGAGGUCAUCGAAUCGAAUCACAUACCAAUUUUGUUGGCCGGUUACCAAGGCAAGAUGUCAUUCAGCGAUCAAUACAUUUUGGCCAUAUUACAGAUGUACGAACGGAACGAGUGUGAUAUGCGUAAAUAUCGACCGUUUAUUUUUGGUGAGAAUGCCUUGAGCUAUUAUUCGUUGAAUUCAAGUACGAAACCGUCGUUGUUGCAAGAGCCACAGGAUCAAGUGAUGGCCCUUUUUGAUGCCGAUAUUUCCGAAAAUACAUUGGUUAAUUUCCCCGUUUGGCGUAAAUUGAAUGUCAUCGACCAAGUGCCCGCUGUCGACUUCACAUGCCACGGAAUCAUCGGUCAAGAACAUUCAAACAAUGUAAGCAUCGCAAAAAGUACCGUGGAAAAAUUAGUCGAACUUGGUGAAUACAAAAACCGCAUCGAUCCAACUGUGCUCACUGAAUCGGCACGAAGAGAUGAAACAUUCGAAAAUGUAUAUGAUCCCGCCUUUUUAAUACCAUUGAUGCAAAUGGCAUUUGCGCCUGAAGCCUGCACCAAACCACUUCGACCCGCUCAAAAUGGAAUGCUAGCCAUUACAUUCGCCUGCCUAUCGAGUGCGGACAAAGAUAUGCGAUUGGCGGCCGCAACUGCAUUUCAACGCUAUCGCAACCACAUGGAAAGUGCACGUUUUGUCGAUAACAAACUCUGGAUCCAUAUCUUUAAUGCGAUUCGUAACGGUGUGCAAAACCUUACGCUUGAAGCACAAAAACGUAAAAAGCAUCGCAUACCACGCAUACCAUACAUUGCCGGUGUAUUCUUCGCUCGUACCAUCAACACACUAAUGAAUCCGCUCAGCGAACUUUAUCGUCCGUUGAGUACAUUUUUGUUGAUAAAAAAUUCGUUUGACUUUAUGACGGUGCCGGAAUUUAAUGUACUAUUUCAUAGCCCCGAUGUUAACCACAAUAUCCAUCGCAGUUUUAUUUUGGAUGUGUUGCGAGACGGCCUUAAAACAACCAACGAUUUCAAUGUUUUAAUUUCAAAUCACAUUUUCAAAGCAUUGCUCGGCUACUAUGGCGCCCCAACAACCACACGUGAACGUAACAUUCAAAUUUUAACGGUCGUAAAUGCAGCCGCAAAAAUUCCAAAAUCAGCCAAACUUCUGAUUGACGUCGUUGGCAUUUUACCCUGGUUAAGUAAUGUGGCCGACAACAUUGAAUUCUUUCAAUUCGACUUUUUGGAUAUUUUCUGCACGAUUCUCAAUAAUUUGUACAAUUCGGUUGCCGUAAAUCGAGAUGAGUAUGGAACGAAUACGGUGAAUAGCAUUGAAAUUCAAAUGCUACAUAUUCUAUUGAAAAUCUGCCCGAAUCUAUCGCAACGUAUUGCGGAAGUCUCCUUCGUACGCUAUGUGAAUGUAUUGAAAUCAAUCGCUGUGAAGAGAAAUCGAUGUCAAUUCUUGAGCACCGAAAAUAUUACACAUCUGAUCAAAUGUAUGGCUGGAUAUGUGAACACUGAUUUGGCAUGGGAUUGCAAUUUCCUAAUGGAAAACACACAGGCAUACCUAAGCACUGAAGGUAAAUUCGAAUAUAACCGCAAACUCAGGGAAUACGGUACGCUGAACGAACAGACGAUUUUCAUUGUGUCGAGCCUCCGUGAAAUCAUCAUUUGCUGGCAAAAUGCGAAACAUUCGUGAAAACCUAAUUAAUCAUCGUUGAAUCAUAUGCGAUUACAGUCAAAACGAAAUUCCCAUUGCUAAAUAAAUGACAUGAUUUAUAUUCAGAAUGAAUAAAAAUAACACGACACAAAUCAAGCAAAGUUAACGCAGAAAAUGGAACGUAAAUUUAAACGGAAAUGAAAUGAAAUAAAUUGUUGCGAUUUUUUCCUCUCUGAAUCAAAA